AUGUCUUCUCUAAAUGAAAUUAGUACAAUCUUAAGUACUUUGCGUAUGGAAUCUGAUCCAGAAUUGGCACCGUUAUUUUAUCAAUUUGAAGAAUUUUAUACUCAAAAAUUAUACCAUCAAUUGACUCAAAGUUUAGAUAUCUUUUUUCAAGAUCCAAAAUCUGCACCAUUAAGAUUGAGGGUCUAUGACACCUUUGUUAGUAAAUUUGUUGACAAGAUUAAUCAACUAAGUGUUGUUGAGUUUUUAUUAUUGGCUUUAAAAAAUCAUCAUAAUAAUGAUGAAUCGUUGAAAUACUUGACAUUAUUAGAUGAAAAUUUCAAAGCCAUUGAUGAAAAGAAACAAAGAAAUGAUGGCUUAAAGAACCAUAAAUCUGGCAGUUUAUUAAUUUCAAUUGAAAAGGCUAGAAUUUAUCUAUUUAAAAAUGAACCAAUGAAAGCCAGAGAUUUACUAGAUGAAUUAGAACAAGUUCUAGAUAAACAAGAUACUACUCCAUUAAGAGUAACAAAUGCAUUUUAUUCUGUUAAUGCAGAUUACUAUAAAAGAAAAAACGACUUCAAUACUUUCUACUAUACAAGCUUAUUAUAUCUAUCUAGUUUACCACCUAAUGAACAAGAAAUAACUGACGUAAAUAUUAAUGAGCGUAAAGAACUGGCAUAUGAUCUAAGUGUUGCAGCAUUAUUAGGUGAUAGAAUUUAUAAUUUUGGUGAAUUAUUACAACAUCCUAUUAUCUCAGUAUUAAAAAAUGACUCUCACUAUGAAUGGCUAUUUCAUUUAUUAAAUGCUUUAAGCGUUGGUGAUUUUAAUAAAUUCGAUAAUUAUAUUAAAGUACAAAUUUCAAAUAUUCCAAUACUAGCAGAAAAUGAAUCAUUUUUAAGACAAAAAAUUUGUUUAAUGGCUCUUGUCGAAAGUGUAUUUGCCAAAAAUAUUAGAACUUUGUCAUUUGAUGAUAUUUCAAAAGCCACACAUUUAGAAUUUGAUAAUGUUGAACAUUUAAUAAUGAAAGCUAUCAGUUUAGGCUUAUUAAAAGGUAUUAUUGAUCAAGUUAACCAACUAGUUAGUAUUACAUGGGUUCAACCAAGAAUCAUAAGUGGUGACCAAAUUACAAAAAUGAAAGAUAGAUUGGUGGAAUGGGAUGAGCAAGUUACAAUUUUAGCUAAGAAAAUUGAUGCCAAAGGUAAACCACUUUGGGUUUAG